AUGGGACCAAAUGAUAAAAUUCUUCUAUCAGCACUUAAUUAUAUAUGCGAUGAAAAUCAUCACAUUUGUCGGUUGUGUUUAAGUACUACUACUAAAUCUGAAGUAUUUUUGAAUGAAGUAGUAACAUUACGAACAAAUUACUAUUCAAAUUCCCUUUCAUAUACAACAAUGCUCGAAAAUCUCGGUAUUCCACCAGAGUCUCAUCUCCCGCAAUCUAUCUGUAAGAGUUGUGCAACGAUCACAUCAAACUGCUACUUGUUUCAGAAGCUAGUCUGCUUCUCACACGACAAGUGGAGUAGUAUAACAAAACUUCUGGAUCAAUCAAUAGAUAAAUCAAAGGAUAUAAACCACCAAAAUGUUCAAAGUGCCUUUGUAUUCAUUAAUGAUGAUGACACAGUUAUUAUUUCAAGUCGUAAACGCUAUUCAACGGUGAAAAAGAAAGAUAUUCUUUUGAAAGUGAAACAUAUUAUAAAAACAGGUAUUGAGGCUAAACAGAGGAGUAAAGAGUCUGUUUGUAAUGAUUGUGGAGAGACUUUUACAGCACGAGUGCUUACAAAACAUAAGAAAUUACAUAACAAAUUGAAUCAUCCGUGUACACAGUGCCCUAAAAUAUUUUCUACGGCAAUCCAAUUAGAAGAACACAUAGAAAGACUUCACUUUCCAAAGAGACUGAGAUGUGACCAGUGUUCAAAGAGAUUUAGUACAGAAAAAUUAUUAAACAUUCACAGAAGAAAUAAUCAUGUAGCAGUAUAUUGUAAAUUAUGUAAUUUAGAAUUCCCAUCUAGAACAAUUCUUAGAGCACACGUAGAUAAACAUGAAACAAAUAUAUGUCCGCGGUGUAAUAAAAAAUUCAUAAACAGACAAACUUUCAAAUUACAUCUCAAAUGUUGUGGUAAAAGUAUGGAGCAACAAAAUUUCAUCUGUGACAUAUGCAAGAAGUGUUAUGCUCGAAAAAAUGGAUUGCGAUCACAUCUCAAGAUAGAUCAUGGCUUCGGAAAUGUGUUAACUUGCAAAUGGUGUAAUAAAAAGUUUGAUGCUAUAAGUAGACUGAAAAAUCAUAUUGUGAAACACACAAGAGAAAGGAAAUUUCAUUGUGAUCAGUGUGGCGGUAAAUUUGUAACAUAUCCUGCAUUAGUGUAUCACACAAGACUACAUACGGGUGAACGACCUUUCCCUUGCGAUCUUUGUGAUGAAAGCUUUCUAUCAGCUUCUAGAAGAAUGGAACACAAGAAAAGGAAGCACUUUGGACCGAGUCAUGAAUGUGGAAUUUGUAGAGGAAAGUUCACAACAAAACAUCAAUUAAGGAAACAUAUUAAAAGGCAUUUUAAUCCUGGAAGCAAGCUGUAUGUUACUGACUAA